AUCUGUGUUUUCCUCAAACUUGAACCAAAAAAUUUGAGGUUUGUUGGAAGAAGACAAUUACCUAAACCCUUGGUUCUAGGGAAGAGCAACUCAGGAGCUUUGUUGGUGGCCUAAAGGUACAAUUUAAUGCAAAAAAUUAGUCUAAAUAUACAAGGAGAAAUUGACUCAUAAAAGAUCUUUUAAAGUCAUACUGAAGCCUUAUGUUAGGAAUGUUGUACUGGAAAUAGAAGGAGAAUGCAAAUCACAUUAAUGAAGACCCUUGGUGCGUUAUGUUACUGGGCCCCAAGCAAACCCUAUAUCAGCUUACUACCGUGGAGCCAUGGGCAUCUUGUUGGUCUAUGAUGUCACUGAUGAAUCAUCCUUCAACAGUAUGUCUUAUGGCUAACUUUAAGUUUCUUCUAUGUGGUUUAUAGUCUACUGUUUGAAAUCAUUUUGCUAAGUAUCAUGUGACUGAAGGUUCCCCGUUUACUUGACUGGUUGGAGAUUAAAGCUU